CGCAGAGAGAGAAAAUCACAGAAGCAUCAAUCAAUAAUUUAACGGAGCAACAGUUAUGAGAACGAGAGUUCCGAGUUUAUAAACUAAACAUUCCAAACGUGAUGCAUACAUUUCAGCCUCUCUAUAUAUUCUCCUCCUCCUCCAGAAAUGAAUAAUAAGCGAAUCGAAUUAAACUAUAUAGCUUAGCUUUUGUUACGAGAAAUGCAAUCGAUGAAUUCAAAUAUGAAUCACAAUCAGCAGAACCAGAACAACUCGAACUUCCAGGAGGAGCCGCACCACAGCUUCGAUCAAACGGCGUCGCACGAUGACUUCCUGGAGCAGAUGCUCAACUCUCUCCCGUCGUGGCCACAGUCUUCUGAGCAGAAUAGCCACAAGGCGAGUUUUCCUUGGGACUCGAGCCAGGGGAAUGGCUUGAUGGCGGCGUCUUUUGAUGAUCAGUCGGUUAUGCUCGCGUCUAAGCUGAGGCAGAAUCAGAUUAGUGGCGGCGGCGGUGGUGGCGGUGGUGGUUCUUCGGCUUCGGCUGCGUUGUCGAUGCUGCAGCAGCAGUUGUUUAUGGCGCGAGGGCUUGCGAGUGCUCUUCAAGGUGAUGAUCCAGAAGGUUCUGGACUUUUGCCGUUGCCGGUUAGUCUGAGCAACGGGGAUGAUGACGGUGAUGGUCCUUUUAAGUCCGUGAAUCCGGGAAGUGGAGAUGGUUCAGUUCAAGCACUAUUUAACGGAUUCACCGGAUCUCUGCAUGCUUCUUCCCAGACAUCCAACCAAGCUCAGCAUUUCCAUCAAUCUCAGGGAGGGAAUAUGCAGAGCCAGAACUACGGAGGAGGAGUGGGAGGCAUGAGCCAAGCACAGGGAAAUGGUGGUGGUGGAGGUACGGGAGGUGCGCCUGCACAGCCAAGGCAGAGAGUCAGGGCUAGGAGAGGACAGGCCACUGACCCCCACAGUAUAGCUGAAAGGUUACGGAGAGAGAGAAUUGCAGAGAGAAUGAAAUCUCUGCAGGAACUUGUCCCCAAUGCCAAUAAGACGGACAAGGCUUCAAUGCUAGAUGAGAUCAUCGACUAUGUCAAAUUCCUGCAGCUACAAGUCAAAGUUCUGAGCAUGAGCAGACUUGGUGGAGCUGGAGCUGUUGCUCCCAUGGUUGCUGAUAUUUCUUCAGAGGGUGGAGGGGACUGCGUACAAUCCACCGGAGGUGGAGGCGCAAGCAGGAACGGUAACGGCUCACAGACGGCGGCGGCAUCAUCAUCAUCCAACAACGAGACAAUGAAGGUGACAGAGCACCAAGUAGCCAAACUAAUGGAAGAAGACAUGGGUUCAGCCAUGCAGUAUUUACAAGGCAAAGGCCUGUGCCUAAUGCCUAUCUCCCUCGCCACCGCGAUCUCCACCUCCACCACCACCAACACCAGGUCCCACCACCCACUACUACCCUCCACUAACGGAGCCGGUGGGCCCACGUCGCCUAGCCUGUCUGUGCUGUCCGUACAGUCAGCCACCAGGGGCGUUAACGGCGUUAACAAUGACAAUACCUCGGUGUCCAAGCCGUAGUUGACUCGACUUAUCAUCCUUUUCAACUUUUCUGAAUGACACUCAUGCACGUCUGUAGUUUUGAUAUCCUUGUCAACUUUUGUUCACUUGCUUUUUAUCUUGUGUUUUGUUUAUGGAGUUCUUGUACGUAUGUAUACUGGGCUCUUUUAAAGACUUCCAAAGUGGCUUAAACAGUUAAACUAACAAUAACAUUCUCGUUUCGUGUU